AUGGAUGACUACCUUGCAGGGCCGCCGGGUCUGUCGGACGCCAUUGAUCUGCCGAUUCCCGCCUCACCCAGCUCCAGCAUGGCCGGAUCAUCUCGCGGCACUAAUGAGCCAGCUGCCCUCUCCCAAAUAUCGCUAGACAUUGCUGCCAUCUGGUCCAGCAUGCUCACCAGGCGGGACAAGUCUGAAAUGGUGGCUGAGCUGCGGGCGGUGAUCAGAGAGGAGAUCGCUGCAGUGCGUGCGGAUCUCACCGCCCUGCGGACCUUGCGACCACCAGGCAGGGGAACCUGCUCCUAG